AUGGAACGAAUGUCGUGGAGCGAGUACCAUGGACCGAAUACCGUGGAGCGAAUAUCGUGGAGCGAGUACCGUGGACCGAGUACAGUGGAUCGAAUAUCGUGGAGCGAGUACCGUGGACCGAUUACCGUAGAGCGAAUAUCGUGGAGCGAGUACCGUGGACCGACUACCGUGGAGCAAAUAUCGUGGAGCGAGUACCGUGAAUCGAUUACCGUGGACCGAAUAUCGUGGAGCGAGUACCGUGGACCGAGUACCGUGGAGCGCAUAUCGUGGAGCGAGUACCAUGGACCGAGUACCGUGGAGCGAAUAUCGUGGAGCGAGUACCGUGGACCGAGUACCGUGGAGCGAAUAUCGUGGAGCGAGUACCGUGGACUGAUUACCGUGGCACAUUGA